UUACCCUAUCGCGAUGGCGGUAGCUUGGACUAUUUUGAAUUCCGUCUUGGAGAAGUUUACACAACGUCUAGACAGCGAAAUGUAUUUUAAUUUAGUGAGAACAUAGAAUAGCCUGAUUAUUAUCAUGGACUCCGUCGUGGGGGACGAUUUGACGCUGCCCGUGGACAUCAACGGAAGCUGCAGACUGCCGGACUCCAUAAAUGCUGGAGAUUUUUCAACAGACAGCAUGACAGCUCCAUCCUUCCCUGAGAAGAUGUCCCCAAUCAAAGCCCUCACAAUGAAGGACUAUGAGAACCAAAUCACAGCUCUGAAGAAAGAGAACUUCAACCUGAAGCUGCGCAUUUACUUCAUGGAGGAGCGCAUGCAGCAGAAAUGUGACGACUCCACUGAGGACAUUUUCAAAACGAACAUUGAGCUGAAGGUAGAGUUGGAGUCAAUGAAGAGAGAGCUGGCAGAGAAACAGGAGCUUCUCGUGUCUGCAUCGAAAGCGUUGGAGAGUCUGGCGGGUCGGGAAUCAGGAGAACCUCAGCGUGUGAGAGAGCAAGCUCAGAGAGACAUGGGCGCAUUACGUGAUGCAUUCAGCAAGAGGAUAGCUGACCUAGAAGAGUGUCUGCGAACAGCAGAGGAAGAGGUUGAGAAGAUGGCAGCUAUCGCUGAGCAGGAGAAGCUUAAGAAUAUCAACAUGGAGAGGCAGCUCCGAGGUCCACCAAGCACCUUUACCCCCGUCGCCAGCCCAUCUCAAGACCUGCAGCAAGCCCUGCAGGAGAAAGACAAUAUCAUCGAGCAGCUCACAAACACUGUAAAGAACCAGGAAGCUGUCAUCCAGCAGAAGAAAAUUGCUGAGCAAGAGAGAGAUGCUCCAUCAGCCGACUAUGUCAAACAGCUGUCUGAUCUCAUCACCCAGAAAGAUCAGGAGCUCGAGGCACUAAGGAACAAGCUACAAAAAGAGAAUGACCAAGCCGCUCCAGAUCAUCAGAAGCAGAAUGACUUUAGCCGAUUGGAGUCUUCUAAAACACUCCUGACUGAAGAGAUCACCCAAGCAAAAAGCACAAUUGAGAACCUGAGCAAAACAUUGGAGGAAGCCCAGAAUCAAAACAAGAACAUGUUAGGAAAGUUGGAGGACAAGGAGAAUGAACUAAACUCUGAGAAGAAAAAUGCUCUGAAACGAGACAAAACGAUCCAGGGACUCACUCAGGUUCUUAGAGAGAAGGAGAAAGAGAUAGCUGAGUUGUGUCAUGACAUUGAGGACAGGGAUGAUGCUUUGGCCAAGGCAAGAGAGGCAGCACAUAAAGCCCAGCUGCAGAAAUACCAGGGAGCAGAGGAGCACCAGAAUCUUUUAAUGGAAAAACAAACCGAACUGGCCCAACUUCAGGCUGAACAUCAUGCCAAGGUGCUUGAAUCCCAGAAGCUUCAGCGUGGCCUGGACAGAAAGGAUCAGGAGCUGACUGACUUGCAGCAGGCAAAGGAGCAGCUGGAGGUGGAACUGGAGGAAAUGCAGCAGCAGAAGAAGAAGGGUGACAAAGCCCUCAAUGAUCUAAAUAAUCAUCUCAAAAAACUAAGUGGAGAAAUUGGGGUAAGAGAGAGUGCACUGGAGCAGCAGUACGAGGAGCUGCUGGAUCAAACAAAAAGAAAACUACAGUCCCAUGAAUGCACAAUCCAGCGGCUAACAUCCACCCUGGCUGAUAAAGAGCAGCAGUUACAGGAGUACAUAAACAUGGUCAGAGAUCUUGAACAAAGCAAAAGCAUGGAAGGAAACGAUAAUGUGCUUUCCAAGCUGCGCCAAAGGCUGAAAGAGAAGGAGAAGGCUCUGGAGCAAGCGCUCGAUGAGAAGUUUGCUGCCAUUGAGGAGAAAGACAAUGAGAUACACCAGCUGCAGCUGUCUCUAAGGGAGAAAGAAAGAGACCUGGAAAGGCUCAAUAAUUUACUCUCUCAUAACGAGGAAACCAUUAAUAGUUUUGACAGUUUGAUCAAGGAGAAAGAUGUAGAGCUGCAGCAUCUUGCAAACACCCUGAAGAACCUGCAGAGAUCUAAGCAAGAUGUAGAAGAUAACCUGAACAGAUCUCUGAGGGAGAAAGACUCCAUCAUCAGCCAACUACAGCUCUCCCUGGAGGGCAAGACGAAAGAUAUGGAGGAAAUGGCUAACUCAAUGCUAAGCCAGUCACAGACUCAUGCACAUGACCUUGCCGAACAGAUGGGCCAGAGGUUGAAGGUCACAGAGGCUAUGCUGGCAGAGGCUCAGAAGGCCAGAGAAAGACUAAUUGCUGACAAUGAGAGUGCUGUGGAGGGACUGUUGGCUACAAUCAACAGCAAGGACAAACUCCUCAAGGAGUCUGCAGAGCAUUACAACCGCAUGCUGUCUGAGCGUACACAAGAGAUUCAGGAACUAAGAAAGAAGCUGUCUGACAGUCAGCAGCAGCUUGCCACUGCUGAGAGGCAAACCUCCACAACAGCCCAGGAGAGUAAUUUGGAGACUGCAGAGCUCAAAGCCCUGCUCGCUGACAAAGACAGCCUCAUCAAUUCCGUGUUUGUGUUUGUAACUUUGCAGAAGCUGCUGCAGCGUGGUCAGGAGAGGGAUCAGUAUCUGGCAGAGAUGAGGCAGAAGGAGGAGCCAGAUCAUGUGUUGGAGCUCAGACAAACUAUUCAGAUCAUGCAGGAGAAGUUGGUCGAGAAGGAAGCUGAGCUGUCCAGAAGGAACAGUGAGGACAACGCGGAGAACAUUCAUCUCCCAAAGAAAACAGUUGUUGUCCUGAAGAAAGAACUGGCACAGAAAACUGAGGCACUGAACAAAGCACUUAAGAGGGAGAAUGAGCUAAAGAUAUCCUUGGCUGAGCUACAGUCUUUGCUAUCUGAGCGAGAUGGUUGCAAUGAAGGUCAGGCUGCUAAUAUUGAAUCCCUGACUUCAACUCUGAAGACCAAGGAUGAGAUCAUCAAUGUUCUCCACCAACGCCUUGGUCAGAGGGGGGACAGCCAAGCUGAUCAUACUCAAGUUCAGGUCAUCGGCUCUGGUAUGGAGAGAUCUCUCCCAGGCCUCCCCCAGAGAGAGAGAACCAUGAUUGGUGGAGACAGCCAGCAAGAAGCUUUCCCCAACCUCAUAGCACUGCAACAGGAGCAUAAUGCCCUGAACAAAGCCCUGAGAGCUGAACAACAGCUCUACUCUAGCCUGGUCAGGACUGUAAAGGAACAGGACAGUGCUCAGCGUCUCCAUGCUCUGCAGCUGGAGUUGACAGCUGUGCAGCUACUCAGGCAGCAGCUGGAGGAAAGCAUCAAAACUAACGAGGAGCUAAGGGAGGACUUGGAGAGAGAGAUACACAAGGCCAAACUCAGAGAAGGUAUUGACCUGAGUGAUUCCAAAGAACUGGAGAGUAUGAGACACCAGCUGGAGGAUGCACAGCGCUGGAAUGCCUCUCUGCAGGCUCGCUUAGGAGCCAUACAGAACCGUGGAGGAGGUGUUGGUGGGGCAAAUGAUGGUGGCGACACUUUGAGUUUCAUCGGAGAUCAGACUUCCUACAUGAGUAUCUGUGUGGGGGAGGAGCAGGAUGACAGCUUGUCUCAACUCUCUGUGCAAGAGCUCAGACAGAAGGUGCUGGAGCAGCAGGACUCUCUGAGCAGACUGCAGACUUUAAACCACGAGCUACAGAACCGACCAUCAACUCUGGAGAAGUCAGACUAUGACAAUGGAGGCAAAGAUUUGGCCAGCAGUAGUCCCUGGAAACAGCAGCUCGAGAAGAUGCAGGAGACGCAGCAUGUGGCUCAAAGUAGGAAGACACAACAUUCUGGUCAAAAUAAAGAGAGUCAGACAGACAUCUCAGUAGGACAGGUGGUGUCUGGAGAGCUGUUGGACAAUAUGAGUAUGAACAGUGGCCUCAGCCAGAGUAGAGAGCAUGCUCAGUCUGGCAAAGACACUUUGGACAUUGCAGAUGAAGAUUCUGGGCAGAGGAGCACAGAUGAAAUAGCACUUAGAACCCUUCUGACUGACAGUGGGGUCCCAUCUGUCUUGCACCUUAGAGAGGAGCUGCUCAGGCUUGAAGAAGAAAAUGUGGAGCUACGGGGUCUCCUGAAAGAGCAAAAAUCUUCAGAGAGUAAAGAGAAGGAGAGCAGAGAUGCCUCGGGGAACAGUAGUGACGGACAGGCUGAGUUGAGAAAGAGUGCGGAAAGCCUUCAAGGCGAGGCAGGAGGUCACACAAAGGUCAUGAAUCUGCCAACUGAGGAGGGAGACAAGAACUCCUACAAGAUGUCAGAUGGGGAGAGACAUGUCAGCACCACAGAGGGGACGAAGAAUCCCCCAACUAAAGGCCAAACACUCAACAAGAGUGCAAAUCAGCAUGUCACAAACCAUGGGGCUGGGAUCAAAUCUCGUCUCCCGGUUCCUGUGAGGCUAAGAGCAGAGGCGAGUAGCAGCAGGCAGUCUGAGAACUCUGACCAUCUGAGAAUUGAUGCACUUAAACACCUUCAUAUGGAUGAUGUAUGUGGGUCCGACCAGCUAUUGCAUACAGACUCUGACUCUUCCUCACGUGGAUACACAUAUGGCAGCAGCGAAGUGGAGACAGAAAACGUCUCUGAAGUAGCAACAACAAUGGAUCACACCCGAGCCAACUCUGCUCUUCUCACUCAGCUGGAGCUUCUUCACCAGGAGUGUCAGGAGAAAGAGGCUCUGAUCAACAAGCUCAGCAAGCAGCUAGCUGAUUGGGAAGAGCUCGACGUUCAGCUCCAGGAAAAGGACUCGCUCAAUCGGCAGUAUGUUGAGGCCUUACAGGCUGCAGAAUCCACCAUUGCUUACCUGACCGCCUGCAGUAUGGACAGCCAGGGAGGAUUUGGCACCGCAGGGUCAUGUACAGGUUCUGGCUCUGCUGGUUCAGAUGCAGCCCUCCAAAGCAGAUGCAUGGUCCUGCAAACAACACUACAGGAGAAGGAGGAGCUUAACAACAGGCUUAUAGAUCUUCUGAGCAUGGCAGAGAAAGCCAUGGCCUCCACUAAAAGCCAAGAAGAGAAUCCAGAAAGUUGUGAUUUAUGUUUAAAGAUAGGGGCAGCUUUGCAGCAGGUGAAGGCUUCUUCAAGCACACAGUCUCCAAGAGGUGUUUUUGUAAGCACAGAGGACUCUGUGCAAGAGCUGCAACGGCAUGUGGACUCUUUGCAGGAGUCACUGUGGGAGCAGAACAGGCGUAAUGCAGAGCUUCAAGAACAAGUGAGAGCUCAUGAUGACGUGACUAAAUACAACUGCAACAGUAGCAGUGCUGUCCAAAAUGCAGAAUCACUUAAGGGAAAGGAGUCAAAGAAAAGUUCUGGUUUUAAUCAGGAGAUGACCAAAGUUCUCAUAAACUGCCUCAGUGCUGCAGAGUCUGCCAUUGCCUCUCUGGCAACACACUGUACAAAUACCAGCUCCUUAGCUUCUGGUAGAUCCUCACAGACUAGCUCUGACCUGCAGAUCACUUUAGAGAACCUUCAAAGGGCCCUGCAGGAGAGGAAAGACCUAGGUGAAACCACCCAGCCACCCUCUAAAUCCACCAGCAAUCAGUCUGCUGCUUCUGGAACAAAUGGAGAGCAUAGCCAAGACCUUCACAACAACAUCCGCCUCCUCUAUAAGGUCCUCGCUGAUCAAUAUCAGAGAAUAUCAGAGCUCCAGGCAUCACUCCAAGGAAAGGGCUGGAAAGAGGAGAGCAAGGUCCACAGGACAUUGCAGGAUGACAAAGGAUUACCACCAAAUGUUCAGCUCCAGCUGGAAGCUCUCCACAAGGCGCUGAGGGAGAAGAAGAAAGCGUGUAAAAGCCUGGAGGAGAAACUGGCCACUGCACUUUCAAACACAUCCUCCCCUGAAACUGCACGGAGAGCUCUGGAGCAGGAUGACAAAGGCGUGCAGGUGGAUUUGCAGGACCUGGGUUACGAAACCAGUGGAAAGAGUGAGAACGAUAGGGAAGAGAGCAGUAGCACAGAUCUCGAGGUUGGUGUGAAGCCCAGUUGCAGUGCCUCUAGCCUGCCCUACCUGCUGAAACAUGAGCAGGCCAACUUUUCCUCUACUGACAACCUGGACUCCACCUCCAGCACCCCAUACCCCAGUUCUCCCGCUUUCAGCUCAGCCAAGGUCAGUCUGAAGGGCCUGCAGGUCUAUGACGAGUACGGUGUGUCUGAGGACCCUCACCAGCUUCAGGGACAAGUCAAAGAGCUGAAGGUCCAGCUUGAAAACCAGACCAAACUCAUCCUGCAAAUGCAAAGUCUUCUGCGAAGGAACUCCCUCUCCAGUGAUCAAGUCGCAAAUACCUCCGAUCCAUCAGCCGUGAGGGAUCAAGGGGGGGCACAUGGAGACCAUGGCCAGAAUAUAAGCCACAAAAGUGGGUCGCUAGGGGACAAGGAAGGGAAGAACCAGGCGAUGAAGGACAAAACUUGCCGUUUGAAUGUAGACCUGGAAGGAGAGAAGAUGCAGAACAGACGAUUGAGUGAUCAGCUGCAGCAAACCUGCAGCGGCUCUACAUCUCCUGCAAGACUGGACUCCCUGGUACAGUCACAGGCCCGGGAGCUGUCACAACUGAGGCAGCAGAUCAAGGAGAGCCGCAAGCUGGGAGCCCUGCAGCGCAGACAGCUGGAGGAGCUAAACAAGGCCUUCAAGGAUCUGCUGCAGGCAAGCAAAGUGGACUACUACAUGGGGGAGGUGGUCAAAGAGCAGCUGGACAAGAGCCUCGGCAUCCUGGACAGGUUGGAAGGACGGCUGGACAAAGGAGACUCUCAUCUGGAUAACGAGGACAUGGCGGCUCUGGAGCUGUCACGCAGACUGGCUAAGGAGCUGCAGGAGAAGAACUUUCUGAUCCAGAGUCUGCAGAGUCAGUUGAGAGGCCAAAGUUUCAGCAGCCACCACAGCUCCCACUCUGACCUGAACCACUCAGACAGAAACUCCUCGUCCUCCUGCUACAGCAGCCCGACCUCACAGAGCAAUAACCAAUCCCACAGCCAGCGACCUCCCACCGAUUGGACGGGAGCAGCUGUCCCUCCUAUGGGAGGAGCUCAGGAGGAGGGAAGUGUGUUGGCUCACUACAGACUGCAGGGCCUGCAGCGGGAGAACGGGCGACUGCAUGAGCAGCUGAGAGACACAGAGGAGCUCAACACCACCCUGCGCAGUGAACUGGACCUGCAUCGCUCCAUCAUGGCCCAGACCAGCUCCCAUCAUCAGGCGCAGGAUAGCGAACAAGACCAGGAGGGAUGUGGGCCUCAGAUUGACACUCACACUGGAGUUGGAAAUGUUGGCUCACAGACUAACGUUGCCGAGCAGCCUCGCUCAAUGAGUUCAGACUCUCUUGCAGAACACUUGCAGGAGAUCCGAGCAUUGAGGCAGCGCCUGGAGGAGAGCAUCCGCACCAAUGACCGUCUCAGGGAGCAGUUGGAGAAGAGAUUGGCCGAGGUUGAGAAAGACCCAGCGGCCACCAACAUCUUCAUCCAGGGCAACGAGGAGCAGGGUCAGCUGGCCACCGAGGUGCGGUUCCUCUGGGGACAAAACCAAGCCCUGAAGGAGCAGCUCAACAUGGGCUCCAGAGAUAAGCAGAAGGAGAAUGAGAAGCUACGAGAGUCUCUGGCCAGGCGGACAGCCAAACUGGAGCAGAGCAGGAAGGAUUGUGAAUCUCUGAGGCAGGAGAACAGCCGACUGCAGGAGAGACUGGAGCUCAGCAGCCAGGAAAACUCCCAGCUGCAGGAUUCACUGCACUACAGCAAGGAGGAGCUGCACAGGCUGCAGAUUGAGGUGAAGCUCCAGAGGCAGCAGCUGUCUGACUCCCAACAUCUGCUGCAGUCUCUGCGGGUGGAGCUGCAAGUUUAUGACAAGAUGAAGACUGAAUCUCAAAAACACAACGAAUCCAGCGAGCCCACCCAGGAUCCCGUCUCUGUCCCUCCCCCCUCAGGCUCUGUAGACCUGAGUGAGCUGCUGCAGGAGAUCAGACACCUGCGGCUGCAGCUGGAGAGGAGCAUCCAGACCAACACGGCUCUGAGACAGAGGCUGGAGGAGCAGCUGCUCCGAGGGCCCAACCGCUCUGAAACCAUCAACAUCAACUACCUGCUGUCCUCACCAGACGAAGGAGGGAAAUCACCUGGUCGGGAAGGCUGUGAUCCUUAUCGUCACUCGUUUCAGAGUCAUAAUGAACACACGGGCGUCCUCCAUGAUGAGAGACUUCGUGCUCACUCAGAUGGCGGCUCGCUCAGCAGCAGCUCCGGCGACAGCAUCACCGGUGCUCCCUCUCGCCUGGUGCCAGGUCACCGCAUGUGGGCCAACCGCAACGGCCGCCAUAUUCUGGGCCUGAUCGAGGACUACAACGCCCUCCGUAAGCAGAUCUCAGAGGGUCGCAAGCUGGCACGCAGCAUGGAUGCACAACUACAGGAAUGUCUGCACACAUUCAGACAGCAGGGAUCUGACAACAAGGUAAUAGAGCAGCAGCAUCUGAAGAGUUUGUCUGGUAGUGUGAACACCAUGCAGCAAGUGUUAGACGAGGCCGGUCGGCUCCUCAAACUGGUGUGGAGAGUCUCUUUGCCAUCUGGUAAUACAGCAGGCGACGGCAGCAACAACCAGCAGGAUGAGCUGCUGAAAAACGAGGUAGCCAGACUGAAGAGCAGGUUGUCACAGCAGGAGAGGAUGCUGAGCGGAGCUGUGAAACGUCUGCGAACAACUAACCAGCUCAAAGAGGGGAUGGAAAGAGUCAUCAUCGACCAGUUGUUUCUGACCCACGGAGUGUUGAAAAAAGCCAGGGGGAAUUUAGAGACAAAUUACUGUACCAUCUUUGGGCUGAAAGGUCGGUCUGGAGGACCAGACGAAGGAGGUGCCAGUCAAUGGCCAGUAGGAGGCACUACAGAGCAGCUACCUGAGCAUAGGAACGUCCCCGUGUCUAGACGGCCUGCAGAGAGACACUCUGAGUCCUCCAACAGCGACGCCUCUUUACGCUGCAGCUACUGAACCUGCUGCUUCUGAUAAUGUAGCUAUCAGGCCUUAUUCUUCCUGCCUCUCCGUCCUGCUGUUAAACUGUCACCUUAUUCUCCAGGUAUCAAAGCCUUCUUGCACAUGACUAUAAUUUGGUUUAUUUUAGGUACUGAAGAUGUAAAUGUUUUUAUUCUUUUAAAGAAAUGCCUUUGUAAAUAGUGAUUCCUGCAUCUUAAAUAUUUUUCCUCUUUUUUUAUAUGAUGCAUAAAAGAACAUGAAAUGUAUUUUAUUACUGAUUUGUUUUUACUUUUUGUUCUUUGUAAACCAAUGUAUAGGAAGGCUGACGCUUCCCCUGUGUUUAAAUUAUGUGCAAAUGCAGUAAAGAAAAAAAAGUUGAAUGAAACUAAA